AUAGACUUGCGCCUCAGCUCAAAGGAAAAUGAAGUCUUGAUCAUCUGUCCUGUUUGUUGUUCAAGCUUGGCUGUAAACAUGGUCAACCCUUGCCAAAUCGAGCCUCCACUAACGGUUGCCGGGUGAAUAUUUCGUCCGAUGGGCCAGUGGGAGGGACGAGACUGAUUAUGUGGCCGGCUGGGGCCUUACUCCGUCUCGAAUGUUCUUAAAUACGUCGAGAGCUCGCAGUUCUAGCACGCCAUUUCUCCCACUUAUUUCGCAAUCAAGACAUCUGCAACAAUGGCGACCACACUUGCUAUCCAAGUGCCGAAGGAGUACGGCUACACUCUUGUCAGUGCCGCCGCAAGCUGCUUUGUCGCGGUGUGGCAUGGCAUGCGCGUCGGUCCAUUCCGCAGAGCCGCAGGCGUUCCUUACCCGAAUGCGUACGCCUCGCAGGAGCAAAUAGCCGCAGCCACCAAUCCCGAACAGAAGAAGGCCCUCUACCUGUUCAACUGCGCCCAGCGCGCUCACUACAACUUCCUCGAGAACUACGUCGCCGUCUUGCCGGCCAUGUUGAUCGCGGGCCUGGGAUAUCCCAAGACCACUGCGGUUACGAGCGCGGCGUGGACUGUGUUCAGAAUCUUGUACGCGACGGGAUACACCCGAGCAGACAAGGAGAAGGGGAUGGGAAGGUAUCAGGGGGCCGGAUUCUGGCUUGCGGAGGCCGUGUUGUUCGUGCUCGUAGGAAAGAUGGGAGUGGAUAUGAUCAUGGCAUAAACGUUUGUAACAUAGGUCAAAUAUCAUGUGAAAUAUUGGAAUCAUGAAAACCAACCGCGUCUCAGCAAUUUCUCUCUGUUCGCCGAGUUCAGCGGUUCAACAGCG